CCUCAACUGGCACCAUGACCACGACACCACCAGACCCACCCCACAGGCCGUACCUCGGGGCGAUAGACCGCACGGACCGCAAGAAGGGGCGGUACGAGCUGACGUCGUUCUUCGCGACGCCGGGCGCGCUCGACGGGCUGCUGUGCGACAUAGUGGGCCACUUCAGCGGCAAGCUGCCGCGCGUGGACGCGAUCGUCGGGCUCGACGCGCUGGGCUUCGUCGUUGCCGGCGGGCUGUCGGCAUUGACGGGCAAGCCGGCCAUCCUUGCGCGCAAGGGGGGCAAGCUCGCCCUCGCGGACGAGGACAAGGCGAGCACCGGCGCGUUCGCGGACUAUGCUGUUGGGCGGGAGGGGGCCAAGGCGCUCGAGAUACGGAGGGAUCUCGUGCGGCAGGGUAUGCGCGUCAUUGUCGUCGACGAAUGGAUCGACACGGGCACGCAAAUGACCGCCGUCGUGCGCCUGCUCGAGUCCCUCGGCACGGAAGUCGUCGGCAUCGGCACGCUGCACCUCAGCCGCAGCGGGCGCUCGGCCGCCGCCGACGCCCUGUGGCGUGACUACGACGUGUUCGCGGCCAACCGCAGCGACGAGGUGCAGGCGCAGUAUGAGAAGGAGGACGAGGACCGCGCGGGGGUUACGCGGCCGGCUAGUAGCGCCGCGUAGGGUAGUUGGGCUGAAUCAUGUUAGUGGUCUCACCCCGCGCAGGCCUCGCGAGGUCCGUCGGGGCGUGACUUGGAGGCAGAGGACGGAGGUGGCCUGUGUUGCUUGCCGAUCGAUGACCCUGGCGAUGAACAUGCCAUGGCGACUGGGUUUAGAUAUGC